AAGGGUUCUUGCUUUAGGUUUAGAUAAGAGGAAGGAACCUAAGAAACCUCUAGGAAAGGAUUCGAUGCAACAGAGUGAGACUUAUACCAACUAUGUUUUCGAGUCUAUAAAGGUAGAGUUAGAGAGUAGUAUAGAUGAGCAACAUAGUUUCAAGGCCCUCAAUCUUGAUUCUCUAGAUGGAAGAGUUUUGGGGAUAGAGAUAGAGAAGAGAUCGAUGUGGAGGGAGAUGAGACGUGUUCAACAUAUGCUUCAGAAUGUUGGAUAUAUUGAUAAGGAUGAUGAUGCCGCGGCACAACCUGAUUAUGGAGAUGGUGUUGGUGGAGCUGAUGCGGCCACAAGAGCUGCUUAG